CUCCAUCAGACCUUUCUGUUGAGAAUUCACUGUCGUCUGCCAGGUUCGCCUAAGCGGUUUGGUCGUCGUAGUGGUAAAUUUAUCAUGAGUGUCGCAGCCUCCUAAUCUGCAUUCUCCGUCGCGAGUUCCAACCCCACUGCGGAUUCGGGUGUGACCACUGCAAGACGGCUUUCGUUCCGUAUGAUAGUCCUUUCAGCGAAUCUUCCGGACGUCACAACACUCUUUGAGACCUCAUAGUGACUGCCUGGCAUGGUGGAUCCUUGACGCCUCUUGUCUGCUCCCUGAUCGCUCCCUGAUUGCUCCCGAUACACGCUGAUCCGCUAGCCGAAAGGCCAGCUGUCGGCAUGGACUCGACGCUGCUGCUGCUGUUCACUUACGUGGCAGUGCUGGGUUUCGUCCUAUUCGUCCUGCUGUUUGGGGAAUCGACGUCGUUCGAUGGCACCGUUAUAAGCACCGCGCAUUACUGGAUCACGUCAGGGAUCUUCGAGAUUCCAUUUUACCUUCUCGGUUUCUUCUUCGGCGAGAGAGGAGAACGAGCCGGGGACGUCAUCUUCCACUUCUGCUGCGAGCAGCGAAACCCUCUCUUCCAGAUCUUCUACCUCGUCUUGGUGAUUGGAGGCUACUACGCCUUCCACUAUUACUGCAUGGGUUUCAUCCCUGGGCCGUACCUCUCCUCCAUCCACAGAUACACUGCGCCGGCAGCUCUUAUCGCAGCGCUCACAACCUUUGUCAUAGCGAGUGUGGCUGACCCCGGUACAGUCACAUCCGCUACAGUCAAGCAGACGCAGGCGGUUUAUCCAUAUGACGGGGUCAUCUACACCAGGAAGAUCUGCUCCUCCUGCAAGAUCCCGAGGCCUGCCCGCGCCAAGCACUGCAGGGUGUGCAACCGCUGCAUCUCCCGAUUCGACCACCACUGUGCAUGGGUGAACAAUUGUGUGGGGGAGAACAACUUGCGCUUCUUCCUGCUCUUCCUCUUUGUAAACAUUUGUUUCCUGGCCUAUGGAGUGUUUGGCGUGUGCUCGAUUCUGGCGGGGGAAAUAAUACGCAACCAUGUCAUCACUGCCAUCAUAGCGCAUGAUCCUUCCAGGGCGCACGUGUCUGGCUGGCUACCUAUUCUCGUUCAGUGGCUGACUGUCUACUUCCAUCGCCAGUGCACCCUGCUGCUCUUCUUCCUCGUCAUCCUCGUGGUUCUCUCCUGCUUCCUCCUCUACCACCUCUAUCUCGUGAUUACCAACGUCACCACCAACGAGACCUACAAGUGGACACAGUACCGACGGUGGGUGGCACACGAAGCUACCAGGAUGCUGCAGCAGCAGGAGCAGCAGAGAGAAGGGAAGGAGGUGGAUGUGGGUGCAGGGGAGAGUGCCAAAGGGGAGAACAGCGUAGAGAAGAACACUCAGGAAGAGGGUGGGGGGGAGAGAGGAAAGGCGGCGUUAGAGGGAGGAAGGGAGAGCGAGGAGAGGAAAGAGGAGGCGGUUGAGAGGAAAAGUGAGUGUGCUGAAGCAGAGAGAGGCAAAGUUUCUGUGAAGGCAAGGAGUGAUGGAGGAGCAGGAACUGCAGCAGCAGCAGGAGGAGCAGGAGGAGCAGCAGGAGGAGCAGCAGCAGGAGGAGCAGGAGGAGCAGCAGGAGGAGCAGCAGGAGGAGCAGCAGGAGGAGCAGGAGGAGGAGCAGCAGCAGGAGGAGCAGGAGGAGCAGCAGCUGGAGGAGGAGCAGGAGCAGGUGGAGCAGCAGGAGCAGCAGGAGCAGCAGGAACAGCAGGAGCAGCAGGAGGAGGAGCAGUGGGAGCAACAGCAGAAGUAACAGCAGCAGCAGGAGCAACAGCAGCAGCAGGAGGAGCAGGAGGAGCAACAGCAGGAACGGGAGAAGCGACAACAGCAGCAGGAGCAACAAGGGGAGUGCGGGCAAAGAGGGAGCAUGCGAUUGGGGUUGACUUUUCGAGGUUACAGGUGUGCAAAUCCGGUGAUGGGUGGUUCUCUGCCUUGUGGUCCAAGGUCUUUGGUGGAGCAGACCGCAAUCACACCUCAAGAAAAUGGGUUGAUCCUGCGAGUGUUCCUGUAGAAAAUACAUACAAUAGAGGGGUCAUGUAUAAUAUAACUGAGGUGCUAGCACCUGAGAGGAUUUAUGCCGAGAGGCAGCAGAGGUUAGGCUUGAGAGGUAGCGGCGAAAGAGGGUUAACGGCAAAGGGAUACACCACCCCAAGAAGCAAGAAGAAACAGGCCUGAUGUUUUGUUCAUAUGCUAGUUUUUUGCAAUCAAUGCUAUUUUAUUGAGUUCAUGU